UUUUUUUUACUGUCAACAUUAUACACGUGCGAAUAAAUGUCGGCAGAACAUCCUUUGAUCAAAUCAGUUGGCAAACCCAAGGUUCUGAUUGUGGGCGCCGGUAUCGCUGGACUCACAUUAGCCAUUCUCCUUGAGAAAGCUGGUGUUCCAUAUGAACUCUUUGAUCGUGUGACAGAAAUCAAACCUUUGGGAUCGGCAUUGUCGCUGGCCGCAAACGUGAUCCCUCUGUUCAAGCAGAUUGGUAUCUAUGACGAGCUUAUUAGCCUUGGAAAGACCUUCCAUUCGAUUGAUCAAUACAAUGAGGAUCGUAAAAGAGAGUACUCAAUGGAUUUCAGGGCAGCAGCCAAUUUAGGAGGAUUUGCGCCUCGUAUCGUUUCUCGCUCUGUCUUUCACAACUUAUUAUUUCGACAGGUCCCGUCUAGCAAGAUUUUUCUAGGGAAGCAAGUCCUGUCCAUAAAGCAAAGCUUAGAGAAUGGUGUCCAAAUCCAAUUCUCAGACAAGACAAUUGCAGAGGGCGAUAUUCUUGUCGGAGCUGAUGGUGCUUAUAGUACGGUCCGACAAAGCCUUUAUGAAUCAUUAAAGAAUGAGGGUCAGCUACCAGCCUCUGAUGAUGGUGCUUUACCAUUCAGCUGUAUUUGUCUUGUCGGACAGACCAAGCCAAUGGAUCCUGAAAUGUAUCCUGAGCUCACCGACCCCAUCUGUCAUUUCAAAUCAGUCAUUGGGGACAACAAACCAUACUCUUGGGGAUGUAUGACAGCCAAAGGUAAUAUAUUCUGUUGGAGUGUGAUUCAGUACCUGGACAGUGAAAGCUCCAAGGGCCACGAUAGUUUCCAAAACUCAGAAUGGGGUCCUGAAGCUGCAAUUGCAAUGUGCCAAGAGGUCCGAGACUUCCCAUUGCCCGGAGGCAAGAACAAUGAUAUGACCAUUGGAGAUCUUAUUGAUAACACGCCGUUGGUCACUAAGGUUAUGUUGGAAGAAAAGGUUUUUGACACAUGGUACUCAGGAAGGACGGUCCUGAUUGGUGAUGCUUGUCACAAGGUUCAUCCAGCUGGUGGCGCUGGCGCUAUGAAUGCGAUCCAGGAUGCCGUGGCAUUAGCAAACUGGAUCAGUGUACUGGAUUCAACAGAAGUUAAUGAAAUGGUAGACGCGUUCAAGGAAUAUAAAGCAGAGCGCUACCCAGUUAUCAAGGCCGCCUUUGAGCAUGGACGAACACUUUCCACGCUAGCAGCAACGGAUCUUAAGGCUAGGAUUAUUCGCUACCUCACUAAAAAUAUGCCGACCUGGCUAUGGAAUAUUUUGGUUAAGCGCAUGUUGGAGUCACGUCCUCAAGUCUCGUUCUUGCCUUUGGUAGAGGAUAAAGGAACUGUACCACCCAUAUAUCAGCCAAGCCUUCAAAAGACAUUGGCGAUUAGGAAGGCUAGAGAAGCUGCAGAAGAAGAAGAACCGACUACAGUUAAAGCCCUCUAG